AUGGGAUGUCGCUGGGGUGGUUACAGAAAGGAAUCGGUUGCGGAUGCUACGAUAACGACGUUCUUUUUUACGGAGUUUGGUUUGAAGUGGAAGGCUAGAGAUUUGUUGUUUGAGUUUAAAGAUUUGGGGGAGGUCGAUGAAGUCGUUAUUCCUCCAAGAAAGGACAAACGUGGGAGGAGAUAUUGUUUCGUUCGUUUUCUAAAUGUAAAAGACGUGAAUUUGAUGGCUACCAAAUUGGAUAGUAUGGUUUUAGAUGGUAGAAAAUUAUUUGCGAACUUGCCAAGAUUCCAGCGAUCGAGAAGGGAGUCUGAAGAUCAGGGAGGGAAGUUUGUCAAGGCAAGAAGAGAGUUCGCGGGUGAUUCUAAAGAAGGAGGAUCUUCUGGUCACUGUGCUAGGGCAUGGGUGGACAAGAGGUCUUUUGUGGAUGUUAUCAAAAACAAAAGUGCUACUGAUGCAAGGGUGUCCGAAGAUUGUGGGAUUAAUAUUGUUGUCUAUUCUAGUUCAAAAGAGGAGCUGGAGCGAUAUAACAAGGCAUAUAUAGGUGUUGUAAAGGAGUCUGGGAGUGUUUUGAACUUAAAGAAGACUUUUCAUGAAGAAGGAUUAUUCACUAUCAGGGUUACUGUGUUAGGCCCUAACUUGUGUUUAUUGGAGGACUUGGUGAUGGGUGAUGUUGAGGUGUUUAUAGAGGAGCGCAGAGAGUGGUGGGAAGCGUUGUUCAGCUCUAUUAAACCGUGGAGCUCUAAGGAUGUGGAUGCGGAGAGGUUUCUGUGGCUGCGUAUAUCCGGUAUACCAUGUCAUGUUUGGAGUGAGAUUUUUUUCAAAAGGCUCGUGGAUUCGUGUGGUGUCUACAUUAGCUGUGAUGAGAUUAUGGAGGCUCGGCUAUGUAUGGAUGAGGCGAGAAUUCUUAUAAAAUCUGGGAGAAUGGAGCAUAUUAACGUCAAGAUCAAAGCGGUGAUUGAUGGUGUAUCGUUUUCAAUCAGUUUGAGAGAAGAUCCCUCGUUGAAGAAAGUUGCAGUGGGGUGUAGCAGUAUUGACGACGUUGUAUCGGAGUCUUCCGUCUCUACCUUUGGAGCCGAUACAGAUGAGAUGUAUGGGGAGGUAGAUAGAACCGGCAUGGAGGAGGCUGUCACCGUGGGUUGCUCUGAACCGGUGUUGGAGAAGGUGCAAGUUGAGAAUAUUGUCCAUAAGAUAUCGCCGUCUGACAGUUCGGUGGAUUGUAGUUUCUUUUCACGUUUUGAGGGAGAUAAGCUGGAUAGGGGUGGAAAGGUGGCAGGAGAUAGCUUCCACCAUAAGGACUUGCAUGGAAUGGUGAACCCUUUUCAGAAUCAUUAA